AGGUGAGCUGCAUCGGCUGCGGCAAGUGCGUGCGCGCGUGUCCGCGCACGUUUGAGAUCGAGGCGUCCAAGUACGGCAGAGCUCGAGUCAUUUCGCAGGAGGCGGACACGCCAGAGGAAGUACAGGUGGCUAUCGAGUGCUGCCCCGUGGACUGCAUCCAUUGGGUAUCUCUGCCGCAGCUGUCGCUCCUGGAGACCGCCUUAUCGCGCAUGGGCCGAGUGGAGGUGUCGGUCAUGCAGCGCUUCGGGCGCUCGGGGGGAAACGUGUUUGAGGUGGCGCUCAAGGCAUGGGAACGGCGGAUGGCUGACUUGGAGGAGCAGGCCGCCUCCGCUGCUGCUGCCUCCCGCAGCAAUGGAGGCGGCGCGCGUGUGGAUUGGUCCUUCUGGACGGGCGGCGGCAGCCUGCGGUUGGAUGAGGAGGCAGAGCAGAG